UUGCCUUUCGACCGAUUCGACAGCGGCAUCCGAUGGCAUGGCGAGUGGUAUGGGCCGCUAGUGCAUUGCCGCUGUCGUUGGCCUCAAAUUGGGCGCAGAUCAGUGGAGCCAAAGAAACGAAUGCCGUCGUUGAGCAGCCGACCCCGUGGUCGCGCCGGUGGGGCCAUGCGUCGAUUUCACAGCUCUAUCCACCAGAAGACCAAGCAAAGGGAAAACUGAGCCGCAUGUACGUUCUUGGCGGGGAUGAUCGUAUGCAACUUGCGACCAUGGCAGACGCGGACUUUCGGGCGUACCCAGGAGGCGGGUCGUUUCGAAAUGACGUGUGGGCCACCACAGGCAUCGUGUGGAACACGUCCGUAAACCUCCUAGCCCAAAACCAGUGGGGCGACCCCGAUCCACAAAUUGUUGCCAAACUCAAAUGGAGCCAGACGAACGCCGGCAAAGUCCCGCCCCCCGGAGUGCUCUACACGGACUGGAUUUCAUGUUUAACGGCAGCAUGGACACCGUACCCUCCCACGGGGUGCGACGACCCCACGGAACCCCCCGGGCAGUACAUCGCAGACGCCAUGUUUAGUCCUCGGCGACACUUUGCCGCCGUCUCGCUCAACUUGGCGUUGUACGUAUUGGGCGGGCGGGCGCGGGAGCUCGUGCCGGUGCCGCACGAAGACACUAUUGGCGGUCUCGACGGCGCACCGCGUGGUGAGAGGUGGAUGGAGUACGCCGUCCUCAAGAACGACGUGUGGAAGAGUCAAGACGCCGGGGUGUCAUGGUCACUCGUGACACCGGGGUGCGACCUCCCCAACGCCCUCGAAACGUACCACUCGGGGUCGAAAGCAGCCCAAUGCACGACCCAAAAUGACUGCAUCGGCGACACGACAUGCGUCUUCGAUAAAGUCACGCUCACCGGCGCGUGUGAGUGCAAUAUGUGGUCGGCGCGGGAGCUCCACACGGUCGUGGUUUUUCAAAAGAGCCUGUUCCUUGCGGGCGGGUACACUGCUGUUCAGCGCAACUUGUGCGGCCCCGAACGCAACAAGCGACUGAGCGGACAGGAAUACGCAUGCGGCGGUCUCUACCGCAAGUUCAUGCGGGAUGUGUGGACGUCUAACGACGGUCAAAAGUGGACACAACUGACGGCAUCCGCGGCAUGGCCACCGCGCGGUGAACAUGCCAUGACGACGUGGCAAGGCCAACUCUGGCUUCUCGGUGGCCGAACCUGGUCCACCCACUCGACAAUUGUCCCAGGCGAAGACGACAAGACUCAAGACGUGGAAGGUCAAGAGCUGCUCAACGACAUUUGGUCCAGUCGUGACGGGAUCACGUGGACGUUGGUGGACGCGGCAGCACCAUGGAGUCCCCGAGCCAAGCAUGCCGCGCUCGGGAUUGCGGCCGACCCAGCAACGAACACCUCGGCGUACAUGAUCGUUCUGUUCGGCGAGAACGACGAUACCUUUCUCGGCGAUGUGUGGACGAUGCAAGCUCCCGCCGACGGCACCAACACGGUCAUGCCGUGGGUUUCCGACUUCGAUCCCGUGUCGUCGCCCGUCCGGCAGUAUGUCACGCCAACGAGCCCGAUUGAGCGCAUGCAGGGCAUGAGCACCGAGCACGUCCCGAAACUGCAGAAAGCUGGCAUCCACACGAUUGCCGAUUUGACCAACGUGCCCCUCGACAUCGUGAUCGACCUGCGGACGAUGAAAGGGGUCCCUGUGUGCGACUACAUCGCGGUCGCCAAGCUCAUCGUCGCCCAAUGCACGAUUGCGCCGGUGGACUACGACGGCAAGGAAUUUGAAAAGGUUAAAAUCCUCAAGGGAAAGAACGCCGAGAUUGUAGCGUCGCUUGAUGCGGCGAGCGCGAGUGCCGCCGCGUCGUCAGCCUGGGACGGAUGUGCACAUCGCGGCUCGCCGACGCUUGACUGGGUGACACUCAAGUACGUGUGGCCGGAAGUUGGCGGAAUUCCACAGGUGAGCGCGCCUGUUCCAUCAAAAAUUGUUCAUGGACGACGUUCGCGGCCUAGGUGGACACACACGAUCCUUUUCCACAUGUCCAAAACACAGCAUGCAAGUGGACGCCAAAUGCGCGGUCGGCGUUUGCAGCGCUACAGCACAACCAAAUCGUGUACGUGUUUGGGGGCAAAGUCGACAACGGUGUGUUCGACAACAGCGCAUGGUAUCGAGGUGGGUGGAAUCUUUCUUUAUAAAUGGCGAACGCGACAGACGGCGCGAUUGAGUAGAUCCAAAGAUCCCCAAGGCCAAGUUGACUUCCGUGCCCGAAUCGUUCUCACACUCAACCGUCUUCACGUUUGAGAGCGCCAAGCCAGGCACAAUAUUCCAGUACCAUGUGAUUGAUAUGGUAGAGCAACUCGUGGUGCGCAACUGGACCAACUGCCUGCAUCAAGUGGACUUUGUUGACUGGCUUGACGGCGGAUUGCAUCGGUUCCGCAUCCGAGCGAUUGACGCAGCAGGCAAUGUGGAAGCAACGUUCAAUGACGGACGAAAUCAGCACGUAUGGGUGUACGUGCCACGGCCGCCAUGGAACUUGAUCAUCGCUAUGCUGGUUCUGUUCUUCGUCAUGUGCCUUGGUGUGUUUUUGGAGUGGCGACGACGGCGGAAGCAAGCGGCCAUGGAACGUUAUGCCAUGAAGCGCAUGCGUCGAAAGAUGCGCGGCAAGAAGAAGGGCAACAAAGAUGCUGACUGGCGGGAGACAUACGACGACGCCAAGGACGGCAAGAAGACCAAGAAGAAGAAGGCAAAGGACGGCGGCGACAAGAAGUCCAAGACGGCCAAAGGCGACAAGUUGGACGAGGCGGCUAAGAUCGCCCCAGCGAAAGAUCUCGACAAAAAGAAUAAGACAAAAAAAGACAAAAAAGACAAGAAAAAAGACAAGACGGACAAAAAAUCCGACAAAAAAGACAAAAGGGAGAAGUCUGACGACAAGAAGAAAGGCUCAUCGAAGACCAAAAAAGACAAGAAAAAAGACGACGCAACAGGGGACAAAGCGAAGAAGGAGAAAAAACCUUCCGAAGACAAAAAGACAACAAAAAAAAAGGAGAAAAAAAAGUAACGGGCGGUUGAAGUUAAGGGAAGGCGCGGUGGCCACGUCACUUCGAUGGAAUUUAAAUAUAGAUCUUCGAUAUGUUUACAUUUA